AUGAGUGCGCCCGUGUGCCAACAACACGGCGAGGAAGGUGUGAUGGUCCCCGUCACGAUGAGCGAGUCACACCGCCGCCCCGCCUCUCCUGAGCAGCCGGGCAACGACAACGUCCUCCGCGACAUCUUCUUCCUCCUUCCACCGCUGCCGUCAUCCCUCAUGCGUGCAUCCGCCGUAUUUAAGCCCUGGCUCCACCUCAUCUCCGACCCUGCGUUCGUCUGCCGCUUCCGCGACCAGCAUGGGAUCCCACCGCUGUUCGGCUUCUUCGGCGACGGCCCCUUUGUUUCCACGAUGGACCCGCCCGAGUCCCAACCGCAUCCCGGCAGCGCACUCUCCGAGCCGAAGCUGCAGGGAAACGACUACAUGACCCUCGGCUGCAGGCACGGCCUCGUCGUCGUCCUCAGCCAGGGUCAGAAAGAAGUGGUCGCAUGGAACCCUAUCACAGGGAGCCACUGCUGCGUGCCGUUCCUACUACGUGCCACACUUGCUAGCGGCGGGGCGUUGCUGCGCGCCGAUGGCAAUGAUGGUGUGAAGGCCAUGUCCAUUGAAAUCUUGCGGACCAGGAGCAAUGGGCUUGGUCUUGCUGUUUUAAAGGUAGUAAACCUCCAGUUAUGGGAGAGGAUGGCGGAUUCAGAUAAUGGUUCGCUGAUAUGGGUGCUGAUGAGAACCAUUGAACUGGACAAGAUCCUUUCACCAGAACCAAUGGGCUGGAGAGUGUGGACCAAGAUACUAGCGUUUGAUGAGGAAACUAAUACCAUGUUUGUGUUAUGGGAUGGCACUGCUUCAUGA